GGUUUACCGCAUCUACCUGAAUAAAAUAGACCUCUCAAACCGCAAACAAUAGCUAUUAAAAUAGCUAUUAUCCUCCAAUAGCUAUUACCCAGCUGGUAAUGCUUAAUUAAUUUGCCUGCGCGAACAGUGAGCAACAACACCACACCGUUGUUACCUCUUUCUCAAUAACUAUUCAGAAAGGUAUUGUAGCAGCAUAAAGCAGGAAGUAAGCGGGAAGUAACACAUCAGCAGGACAAGCCUUUCACUACAUAUCAGAUCAGAUCAUAACCUACCGUAUCGACAAUGGCUUCUCUCCCCUCUACAUCAGGGCUCAAUGGGGUUGUGCAGGCUGCGUCCACUGCCUCUGGCAAGAAACCUCAGAAGGAGGUGAAGAAGAAGCGCCAGUUUCGGGCUCGAAAGCCAAAGGAUAUGCCUCGUAGGCCGUUGAGCGCCUACAACAUUUUUUUCAAGGAAGAACGUGCCAGGCUAUUGGCCGAGAGACAAGCGCAAGGUGCCGCUGUGGGCGGAGAAAAGAUUGGAUUUGAAAAGAUGGCCAAGACGAUCGGCAAGCGAUGGAAGUCGCUCACCGAACAGGAGCUGGGCCGCUUCAAGGUCCUAGCCAAUGAGGACACGGAGCGGUACCGAAAGGAAAUGGAUGCCUACAACCAUGAGCUCGCCAUGAAGGGUCGUAGACAGCGAGAGGAAUCGUCCCGCAAGAGGGCGGACGAAGAAAAAGCCCGUACCCAACCAUCGUCGGCGGGUCUUCCGACUCCGCAACAGCAACAGCCAGCCGAGUCUACUAAUUUGGUUCCGCAGAAUUCACAAGGCAUGGGGCAGCUUGCAGGGUCUCAUUUGCUGGGAUUGGUGUCUGCUAAUAAUGCCAACCCCGUCGAGCAGCAGUUGGCUUCUGCUGCCCCGGCCGCCGGGGCUACCAACCCGUCCCAACUGGAUCAGCUCCUUGCCGGAGCCUUUCAGCCGGGCCUUCAGGGAUUGCGGGAUUUGAUUGCUGCAAAGAGAGAAAAUAUGUUGCAGGAUCGGCUGCUGUUCAGCAACCUGGUUUCGCAGCAGCAGCAGCAGCCUGGUCUUCCCUCUAAUGGUGGACAGCUGGCACAGAGUUUCCUCUCCCAAGCUCUUCCCAACGCAACAUCACCAGCAGCGAAUCAUCAUCAGUCAGUGAUUGCGUCUCUUCCCCCAAGGCUGCAGCAACAGCUACUGAUCCAAUCCUUACAGCAGGCGGGACAUGCAAACAGCAUCUUGAAUGCCUUUUCCGGAGCAGGAAAUAAUGCACAAAACCAAGACAACACGUUGGGUUUUCCAUUUUAAGAAUUCAAUCGGUGUGGUUAUUAUCAUCAGCCCCAAAAAGACGACUGUGGCCCCGUUCAGUCAAGUGUCACGAGAAACGAGGUGAGAGGAAGGGGGGUGCUGGACACCUUUCUCGAUUUGGCCAAUGUCUCGUGCAUACAUCCAUAAAAUAAAUUACAUAGAUUCUAACUAAAUCAGGCAUAGAGAAAGACAAUUGCGUACG